GUGGCGAGGCCACGGCCCUCGGGGCGGCGGUAGCGGCGUCAGCGCUGGGGAAGAGGAGGGAAAAUGGCGUCGGAGCUGGAGCCGGAGGUGCAAGCCAUCGACCGGAGUUUGCUGGAAUGUUCGGCUGAGGAGACCGCGGGGCUCUUGGAAGAUGGGAGGGAAAGAGACGAUUCCUAGCGAUUUGGUGUCAACGCCCUAGUUUGACGUCCUGAUUCCUUUUCCUGAGACAUGGCUACAAGCAACUGACCUCACCAGAGAAGUGUACCAGCAUUUAGCCCACUAUGUACCCAAAAUAUACUGCAGGGGUCCCAACCCUUUUCCACAGAAAGAAGACAUGCUGGCAUAGCAUGUUUUGUUGGGACCAAAGGAAUGGUACCUUUGUGGUGAAGAUCCUGCGUUUGGAUUUUCAAAACUUGAACAAACAAGCCUUCUCAUCUUUGUGGUCGUGUUUUUAAAGUAGGAGAGCCUACGUACUCUUGCAGACCAUGUGCACUGCUGUUACAUUAUUUUUCAUACAGUAAUAACAGUUAGUAAACAAGAAAACUUAAGUCUUGGACUCCAUGGUCCCUUCUGGUAUCAACAUCACUCUGCAAUAUUCUGACCAGUGCCUACACAGACUAAAGGCUUUUUCUGACUUGCUGGACCCCUCUGCGAUGCCCAGGAACCAUCUGUGCUGCAGGAUGGAGCCACGACCCCUACCUUGAGUCCAUUAUGUCUCCCACUACCAUCCUUCGCUCCUCAAGCUGUCUCUUGUGGCUUCAAAGUCCCCACCUGGUGCAUUGGCCAGAGUUCUUGGCUGCAAACAAAGAAACAAAUUCUGGCUGAUGUAGGCAGAAAGGAAUAUACUGGAAGACUGUUGAGUAGCUCAUAGACUUAAGAAAAGGUUAGGUAACCAGACUGGAAAAAAAAAAAUAAAAAUCAAGGCAGUGACCAAAGGAGGCUGAAAAGCUAAGGACACAGCCAAGGAGAGGCCUCUGCUGCAGACACAGCCACUGGGUUCCAUGCCCAGGUCCAUGCCAGGACCCUCCUUGCCAUGGUGGCUGCUGGACUUUUGACCCCACUGCUGCUGCCAAAGAGGCCAUGUGGACAUCUCUCUGUUCCAAGUGGCCCACUUUAAAGAAGAGGGGAUGCUCCUGGAGAAGCCAGCUAGGGUGGAGCCCUCUUACAUCAUCCUGGAAAGCCCCAGCUUCUCCCCCAUGGGAGUUCUCCUGAGAGUGAUCCAUGCUGCCCUGCGCAUACCCAUCACCUCCACCGUGUUGCUCUACCAUCAACCCCGUCCUGAGGAAGUCUCCUUCCACCUCUACCUGAUCCCCAGUGACUGCACCAUUCAGAAGGCCCUAGAUGAUGAAGAAAAGAAGUUCCAGUUUGUGCGAAUACUCAAGCCGCCCCCACUGACCCCACUCUUCAUGGGCUCUCGAUACACUGUUUGUGGUCCAGGGAAGCUGGAAAUAAUCCCCGAGGAACUGGAACUCUGCUAUCGGAGCCCUGGAGAAUCCCAGCUCUUCUCUGAGUUCUAUGUUGGCCACUUGGGAUCAGGGAUCAGGCUUCAAGUGAAAGACAAGAAAAAUGGAACUAUGGUAUGGGAGGCCUUGGUGAAAGCAGGAGAUCUCAGACCUGCAGUCACGCUGCUCCCUCCAACGCUGACAGCCUCACCUCCAUUCCCAGAAGCCCCAGCCCUGCACUUCGUGGACCGGUAUCGGGAGCAGCUGGUGGCCCGGGUGACAUCGGUGGACCCUGUCUUGGACAAGCUGUAUGGGCAGGUGCUGAGCCAGGAGCAGUAUGAGAGGGUGCAGGCUGAGGCCACCAAGCCGAGCCAGAUGCAGAAGCUCUUCAGCUUUAGCCCAUCCUGGGACUGGGCCUGCAAAGAUCAACUCUACCGAGCCCUGAAGGAGACCCAUCCUCACCUAAUCGUGGAACUGUGGGAGAAGUGGGGCAGCAGCAGAGACGGAGGGGAGAUGGGUCCUGAUGAGCUCAGCACUGAAGUCUGAACACCCGUUUUUGAGUCCUGGCUGUCUCACCCUCUCUGGUCCCAGUUUCUUCAUCUAUAAACAAGUUGCCCUUGGUGGUACCUUCCAGCUCUAAAGUUACAGAGCUUUGAUGGUGCCUCCGCUGGGCUUUAUAUGUCCAUGUCCACCCAGGCACCCAGUCUACCUUCUGGGACUUCACAGGCCAACCGUCCAGGUGAGGCAACAGCAUCUCAGGAAACAUCCAUCUGGAGCUGGCAAGGGUUCUGCAGGCCUGUGGAAACCUAACUCAAGGGUCUGGUUGGUGGCCCCAGCAGCCAAGCCUAGAGCCCUCCCUGUCCCCUCUGGAUGCAAGGAGGAAUCGGUGGGGUGUGGGAGAUGGCACGGGACAGGCAACUUUGGCUGGAGACAGCAGCGGACGCAGAUGCUUUGGGGGAUUUGAAUGGCUUGCAGAUACAUGCAAAAACAAACUUAUUUUUCAACGCCC